AUGGCGCCCAGCGGGCGAAGCGUACCUCCAUUGGCAGCGCCGACGACGACUGCGUCGCAAGCAGACCUUGCUGUCCCGGCGGGCUUUGCACUUGCUGGCGCGGAUGGUCUUCCCUCGACACCAGAUGACGUGGCGCGGAUUCUGGCUGACUCGCUGAUGAGGGAUAUGUCCGAUGUGGUUGACGAUGCCUGGUCUGUCCGUGGCUUUGUCAAUCUGCGCCUCACAAACUCGGCUCUGUGGUCGGCCGUGGCGGGUCUUGGCGAGCGAUCUGGUCUGGCUGCUGCUACGCAGAGCGGCGAUGUCGGGUCUGCAGUGAGAGGACGGGUGCUGAUUGAUGCAGGCUCGCCAAACAUGGGCAAGAUUCUGCAUGUAGGUCACAUGCGGUCGUAUAUCUUUGGCGCUGCCCUGGAGGGCCUGCAUCGUCUUGCCGGGGCGAAUGCUGUCGACGUUGUCUCGCAUGAGGGCGACUUUGGAACGCCGAUGGGCAUCACACUGGCCCAACUAGGCCCUGCGCCAGUGUUAAGGAAGCCAGGAUCUGAGGAUCGGGAUGCUCUGGGAGCAGUCUCGCAGGCGUACGCCGACGGCAAGCGCCGGCUCGAUGCGGGUGAUGCUGCGUUUGGGGAGGCGGUGCAGGCGACAACGUUGAGGCUGCAGCACGCACUGGUAGCGCGUGCACGUCUCGCCGAGCUUGACACCAGCGAACGAGCACUGCUCACGGUGUACGACGAGGUAUGUGGCGUCUCGCGCCGGGUCAUCGACUCGUUGAUGUCGACCCGCCUUGGUCUGGGAUCGGAGAGGCGGCCCGAGUCGAGCUACGCAGCCAUGCUCCCAGAUCUCGUUGAGAAGCUCAAGCAGGUCGAGGGCGCACGUGAAGAAGACGGCGGAGGAUGGGGCAUCGAAACAUCAGGAUUUGCCGCGCCGUUUCUCUUUUCCAAGGCCAAUGGUGGGUACCUCUACGCGACCACCGAUGUGGCUGCGCUGGCGACGCGGCUGGCGGCGUCACCGCGCUACUCACGGAUGGUGUACGUGACCGAUGGCUCGCAGGCGCAGCACUUUGCGCAGCUGUUUGCCGUGAGCAGCAAGGCAAGCCAAGUGCUGGGCGGCAGCGUGGAGGGUCUCGAGCUUCGGCAUGCUUCGUUUGGCAUGGUUCGGGCGUCGCCCGGAAGCGGCAAGCUCUCAUCGCGCGCAGGGGUACAGUUUGAGUUUCAGCUAGAGGCGCUGCUAGAUGCGGCUGAGAAAGCAGCGACAGCCUCGCUGCAGAGCGGUGACGAUCCGCGGCGACUUGCUGUUGCUGCUCUCAAGUACUACGACUUGCUUCGGCCGCGCGGGUAUGUGCUCGACUUUGACGACAUGGUCAAGUCAACGGGCAAGACGGCUGUCUACGUACUGUACGCACGGGCGCGCGCUCUCUCACUGCUGGCAAAGGCAGAGCGUGAGCCUGUCAAGUUGUUUGACGGCGCGGCUCCUGCGCUGGAUGGGCCAAGCCGGCAGCUUGCGCUUGCGCUUCUGGGAAUGCCUGCAGCUGUUCGGAGUGCGGCAAGCGCUUGCGCGCCCCACACACUUGCGGGAGCACUGCACAACCUCGCGGGCGAGUUCCACACCUGGUACUCGGCUGUGCGGGUGGUGGGAUCGCCACGGUGA